GCCCUUGCGCCAACCGCGCGGCGCCCACGCGCGUGCUCGGUGGGGACGCGGAACCUCCGCCUCCGGCCGCCGGCGCGGCCUUCCAUGCCGGCUCCGGAACUAGACUUCUGUUUUUCCGCUGCCUCGCCCCAGGCUCACUCGGCCGCAACCCCAGUGUCUGCGCCGCGGCGGCCCCUGCUCCGUGGGCCGCGGACGCUCCGGCCCGAUGCUGCGCUGGCUGAUCGGAGGAGGCCGCGAGCCGCAGGGCCUGGCAGAGAAAGCUGCUUUGCAGACAGUAGGGGAGGACCAAGGUCAGAACCCGUACACUGAGCUGCUGGUACUGAAGGCUCAUCGCGACAUUGUGCGCUUCCUGGUGCCGCUAGAUGACGUCAGAUUUGCAUCUGCUGGCGAUGAUGGAAUUAUCAUUGUGUGGAAUGCCCAGACAGGAGAAAAACUUGUGGAACUCAGAGGACACACUCAGAAGAUAACGGCUGUCGUGGUGCUCCCUCCCCUAGACUCCUGUGAGGCCAGCAGUCAGCUUAUCCUGACAGCCUCUGCUGACCGGACUGUCGGAGUUUGGGAUUGUGACACCGGCCGACAAAUCCAGAGAGUCACGUGCUUCCAGUCUACUGUAAAGUGCUUAACUGUCCUUCAGCGACUGGACGUUUGGCUCUCAGGUGGCAGUGACCUAGGCGUGUGGAACCGAAAAUUAGAUCUGCUGUGUAAGACCAGCCACCUUUCCGAUACAGGCAUCAGUGCUUUGGUUGAAAUCCCUGGGAAUUGUGUCGCUGCAGCAGUGGGCAGAGAAUUGAUAAUUUUUAGGCUCGUAACACCCACAGAAGAAUUGCCAGAAUGGGAUAUUAUUGAAGUUAAACGCCUUCUUGAUCACCAGGACAAUAUUCUGUCAUUGGCUAGCAUCAAUGAUACAAGCUUCGCCACUGGCUCCCACGUGGGGGAGCUGAUCGUCUGGGAUGCCCUGGACUGGGCUGUGCAGGCCUAUGAGCGCACCUUCUGGAGCCCGACUGCACAGCUGGAUACUCAGCAGGAAAUAAAGCUAUGCCAAAAACAAAACGACAUUUCUAUUAAUCAUUUCACAUGCGACAAAGAGAAUAUAUUUGCUGCGGUUGGAAGGGGGUUAUAUGUGUAUAACCUACAGUUGAAGCGUGUGAUUGCCUGCCAGAAAACCGCACAUGAUUCCAACAUCCUACACAUUGAUAAACUUCCAAACAGGCAGUUAAUCUCAUGCUCAGAAGAUGGCGCUGUGCGCAUGUGGGAGGUCCGAGAAAAACAGCAGCUGGCCGCCGAGCCUGUCCCAACAGGAUUUUUUAACAUGUGGGGAUUUGGAAGAGUAAACAAACAGGCCAGCCAGCCUGUUAAAAAACAGGAAGAAAACGUCACCACGUGUUCCCUGGAGCUCAUCGGAGAUCUGAUCGGACACUCGUCGUCCGUCGAGAUGUUUCUAUACUUUGAGGAUCAUGGGCUAGUGACAUGCUCUGCAGAUCACCUCAUUAUUUUGUGGAAAAAUGGAGAGCGAGAAUCUGGAUUACGCAGCUUGAAGUUAUUUCAGAAGUUAGAAGAGAACGGCGACUUAUACCCAGAGUCUACUUGAAGGAGCUGGAGAAGGAUGCACAGGCGAGCCCUGCACACGUCAACACACUUCUCUGAAAACCAUCAACACAUCGAUCCCUUAUGUACUGUUUUCUUGCCCAUGAAGUUCUGUCGGUCUGUCAGCAAUAUGUGUCCACCCAAGAACAUAGCACAUGUUCUUGCUGCUGUGCAACUAGUGGGCACUGUGUUCUAUCUCUUAAAACAGAAAAAAAAAGAUAAAUGUAAAGUUGUCACAUAUUA